AUGAUGAACGUAAAACCAAUGGAGCAAAUCAUGAUUCCUAAUAACAACAUUCAUCAAUCAGGCACCAAUGCAAGGCCAAACACCGUUCUCACAUCUAGCGGCGGCAUCUCAGCCGCAGGAGCCACCGUCUCCGGCGUAAACAAUAACAACAAUACAUCGGUUGUGGUGGAGAGGAAAGCAAGACCACAAGAGAAACUAAAUUGUCCAAGAUGUAACUCAACCAACACAAAGUUUUGUUACUACAACAAUUAUAGUCUCACGCAACCAAGAUACUUCUGCAAAGGUUGUCGAAGGUAUUGGACCGAAGGUGGAUCUCUUAGGAAUGUUCCUGUCGGAGGAAGUUCAAGAAAGAACAAGAGAUCAUCUUCUUCUUCUUCAUCAUCAUCAAAUAUCCUUCAGACAAUACCAUCUUCACUUGCUUUAACUACAACACUUCCAGAUCUAAACCCACCAAUUAUCUUCUCAAACCAAAUCCCUAAUAAUUCAAAAGGGUCUUCACAAGAUCUCAACUUGUUGUCUUUCCCGGUCAUGCAAGACCAACAUCACCAUCAACAUGUUCACAUGUCUAAGUUUCUUCAGAUGCAUAAGAUGGAAGGAAAUGGCAACAUGAGUACUCAUCAACAGCCGUCAUCUUCAUCUUCUCACUAUGGUUCUUCGUCGUCUCCUGUUUCAGCUCUUGAACUUUUAAGAACAAGAGUUAAUAUUUCAUCAAGAUCAGGGAUCAACUCUUUUAUACCUUCUGGUCUAAUGAUGGGUUCUUCAAACAAUGUGAUGUACACUUCUUCAGGGUUUUCGACGAUGGUGGAUUACAAAACAAGUAAUCUAACUUUCUCUACUGAUCAUCAAGGGCUCGGACACAACAACAACAACAAUAGUUCAGGUGAUGCUCAUAGUGAUCAUCAUCAAGAUAGGGUUUUAUUUCCUUUUGGGGAUCAAAUGAAGGAGCUUUCAUCAAGCAUAACACAAGAAGUUGCUUCUGAUGAUGAUAAACAACAUAAGAGUCAUGGUAAUAAUAAUAAUUCAAGCCCUAAUAAUGGAUACUGGAGUGGGAUGUUCAGUACUACAGGUGAAGGAUCUUCAUGGUGA